AGUCUCUCCAGAGAGAAGACAUAACCUCAAAAUUAUAAUCAAAAGUGAACAAAUGAAGUGAAGUGACGGAUAAAUUAAUAAAAAAUCAGUGGAAUUAAUCGAAUUAGAAUUUUUAAAAUGAAGAUAGAAUUGUACAACCAAAUCGUUGCAGAUAUAACGAAUUUCAAAGGACUGAGCAGAGACUGCGCUUACAUGUUGAUACAUAAAUACACAGAUGUCCCCCCAACAGCAAUUCACGGUAUCGUGUCCUCAGAAAUGCAGCUGAGGGCAAUGCGGUGCCGAGGAAGACUGCAUUCCUCGCAAAUGGAUUACUUAAAGAUGUACAGAAAGGAGUGUAAAGAUCCCAAAAAUCCCCCAGGUGUAAUUCUGCGAAUGGCUGUGGCACGUAGUUUUGGCCCAGCUCUUUUAGCACGUGUAAUCCUGGAGAAGCACCUCCUGGAGUCGAAUCCCCUGAUCACACGAACAGAUGUCUCACAGUAUAUGAAAGACACAACGAAAAUAGAGGAUCCCAGACUGGCACACGAGAUCUACCUCUGUAUUUUGUACGACGACAGAAAUGGAAUGAUAUCAGACACCUUCUGCAACUCCAUCGGGUACGAGUACGAAUUCAAAUUGCAGGAAUUCCUGAAGGAGAGGAAUAUCCCGUACCUGACGGAGGAUAAGCUGAAGCAGAAUGGAUACGAUAAGACUCCAGAUGUCAAACUGGAGCUUCCUAUCGCUGUUGAUGGAUUUAUCGUCAAUUGGAUCGAGUCUAAGGCGCGAUUUGGCACUCCAAUGAUCCACCGGACCCACUGCAAGGAGCAGUACCUCAGCUACUGGAACAGAUUUGGCCCUGGACUCGUUAUCUACUGGUUUGGAUUUGUCGACGACAUCGUGGAGCCUACAGAGAACAGAUUCAUCAUUCUGGAUCAUUUUCCAGAGAAUAUUACGUACAUGGAUCCUCUGGCUGACGUGGAUUAUAAAUUCGAAGAGGAUUAAUCCUCGGUUUUAUUUCUUUUUAUUGAUUAUAAACAAUUGUAUAGUUUGAAUGAUUCUUGACAGUUUUUAUCGUAAAAUGGACUUGUAGUGCUCUAAUAAAAAUUCUACAAUACUU